GUGGCGGCGGGGGCGGACGGUCCACUGCCUCUGAGCAGGUACCCGGCAGCGCUCGCCUCAGCGCGCGGUGGGGCGGGGGUGCCCCGAGAGCCGCGCGCGGAGACCCACGGAGGGCGGCAGGAACCGGUGCAGCUCAGAGACAAGGUCUUGCUAUGUUUCCCGGGCUAGUCUUGGACUCCUGGCCUCAAGCAAUCUUCUCACCUCACUGGGAAAUGCUGGGAUUAGAGGGAUGAACAACUAGCCCAACCUGGAAUUUUUAAUACGUGAUGUUUGUGAAAUUGGCAUAGUCAAUUGGGAAAAAAUAGGUUGAUAGUAAACUUGGAAGUUUGUAAAUUUUGUUGGAUAUUGGAAAUUGAAUGUAAUGGCUACAGAAUUUAUAAAGAGUUGCUGCAGAGGAUGUUUCUAUGGUGAAACAGAAAAGCACAAUUUGGAAAGAGACUUUAAAACAGCAGUCUCAAAUAGUCAGAAUACUGCCAUCUGUGUACUUCCAUUUACAUCUGUUUCUGUAAAGCCUCAGGUUGGCUGUACUGAGGAUUAUUUGCUUUCCAAAUUACCUUCUGAUGGCAAAGAAGUGCCAUUUGUGGUGCCCAAGUUUAAGUUAUCUUAUAUUCAGCCCAGGACCCAAGCAACUCCUUCCAAUUUGGAAGAACUUGAAGGAUCUGCCAGAGCAUCUUUUGGAGAUCGAAAAGUAGAACUUUCCAGUUCAUUCCAGCAUGGGCCCGGCUAUGAUGUAUAUAACCCAUUCUAUAUUUAUCAGCAUAUUUCACCUGAUUUGAAUCGGCGCUUUCCUCCUCGUUCAGAAGCAACAAGACUGUAUGGAUCAGUUUGUGAUUUAAGGGCCAGCAAACUUCCCAGUUCCCCUGGGCUAAGCAAAUCUAUGUUUGAUCUGACAAGUUCAUCUCAGCGAUUCAUCCAGAGACAUGAUUCAUUGUCCAGUGUACCCAGUAGCUCUUCUUCAAGGAAAAAUUCUCAGGGGAGUAACAGAAGCCUGGAUACAAUUAAUCUAUCAGGAGAUGAAAGAGAUUUGGGGAGAUUGAAUGUGAAAUUGUUUUAUAAUUCUUCAGUAGAGCAGAUCUGGAUCACAGUUUUACAGUGUAGAGAUUUAAGUUGGCCCUCUGUUUAUGGAGAAACUCCUACUAUUUCUGUAAAAGGAAUAUUGACAUUGCCCAAACCAGUACAUUUCAAGUCUUCAGCCAAGGAAGGUUCCAAUGCUAUUGAAUUUAUGGAAACUUUUGUAUUUGCUAUUAAACUUCAAAGUCUACAAACUGUAAGACUUGUGUUUAAGAUUCAAACGCAGACACCCAGGAAGAAAACCAUUGGAGAAUGCUCACUAUCACUCAGAACUCUUAGCACUCAGGAAAUGGAUUACUCUUUGGAUAUAAUACCACCUUCAAAAAUUUCUGUUUGCCAUGCAGAACUUGAAUUGGGGACUUGUUUUCAGGCAGUAAAUAGCAGGAUUCAGUUACAAAUUCUUGAGGCUCAGUACCUUCCAAUCUCUUCAACACCUCUGACUUUGAGUUUUUUUGUGAAGGUGGCAAUGUUUAGCUCUGGAGAGUUGAUUUAUAAGAAGAAGACACGCUUGCUAAAGGCCUCCAAUGGAAGAGUAAAGUGGGGAGAAACUAUGAUUUUUCCACUUAUACAGAAUGAAAAGGAAAUUGUUUUCCUCAUUAAGCUUUAUAGUCGAAGCUCUGUAAGAAGAAAACACUUUGUGGGCCAGAUUUGGGUAAGUGAAGACAGUAAUAGCAUUGAAGCGUCGAACCAGUGGAAAGAGACAAUUAUAAAUCCAGAAAAGGUUGUUAUCAAGUGGCACAAAUUAAAUCCAUCUUGAGACCUGCACACAUGAAUUUGAUGAAGAACUUGACAGUCUUUUCGAAGACCUAUGAUUUCAAUUUGUUACUAAUGAGAAGAGAGAAAUCAAUGCAUUUUAAAAUUUUAUUGGAGAUCAUAAUUACAGUAUAUGGGUGGAUCUGAUAGAAAACUAAACUUGAUGGAAAACAUAAUGAAUUUUAUCAGAUACUCAAAAUGAAGGAAAUGUUUUGUUUUUUUUUUUGUAGAGACAGAGUCUCACUGUACCGCCCUGGGGUAGAGUGCCGUGGCGUCACACGGCUCACAGCAACCUCUAACUCUUAGGCUUACGUGAUUCUCUUGCCUCAGCAUCCCCAGCAGCUGGGACUACAGGCACCCGCCACAACGCCCAGCUAUUUUUUUGUUGCAGUUUGCCUGGGGCUGGGUUUGAACCCGCCACCCUCGGCAUAUGGGCCGGCGCCCUGCUCACUGAGCCACAGGCACCGCCCAUGAAGGAAAUGUUUUAAACCUACCAAAACAGAUAGUAAGAAGGUAAUAUUAUUAGGGUAACUAAAUAAAUUACAAAGUCUAUGUGAAUAUCAACCAUAGAUACUUCUUUCUUUGUUAUGUUUUUGCUUUUGUUUUUUAAACUUUACCUAGAUAUUCAAAGCUCUAUCAAAUCUGUUAAUGCUAUUAGAUAUUUGAAAGACUUUACCACUACUUCAGUGCUAGACAUUAUUGAUUAGAUCUUGGUUCCUCUGUUUACCUCUUGCUAUAUAUUUUUUUCUCUCAGCAAAACUGAAUUGAACCAUUUCAACUAUUUUCUGUAUUUGGGGAAAGUUUGGACCUUGUAUUUAUAAUUUCUUAUCCAUAGGACCUCAAUCACAUUGCAACUUUAUAAGCUAUUUAUCUCCAAGAAACUUAAGAAGUAGAAAACUACAUUUGUCAGGAAUAAAUGAAAACACCAGAAAGUUGAAGGCUAAUUAGAAACCCAGAACUUAUGUAUUUUGCUGUUUUGUUCCCUCAAAUAUUUUAGUUUUUGUUUUAUUUGGAGUUGAAAUAAAAGUAUCAUUCAUAUGGUCCAUCCUAAUUAGUAGAAUUAAAUGAGUUUAAAUAGCAAAUUCAAUAAUUUAUGGUAAUCACUUCCUUGUUUUUAGUUUUGUUAAAUUAUUGAACUAUUUGUUCUAUAAUCCACAGUGUUUUAGUAUUUUCCCACAUAACCAUACCUGAGAAUACUGUGUAACAAAUAAAUACUUUCUAUUGCAGCUUUUUGUUCAGGUACUUAUUAGAACUCAGUAUAUGGAGACAAUUUUCAGCUUAGUUGGCCCUAAGAGCUCUGGUUAGAAAGAACAGCUUUUUGGAGAAACAAAUGGCGCUAUCCCUGAUCUUGGAAAAUCUGACUUUAUUUUUGCUAGUUAAGUAGAGAGAGUACUCUAUGUUCUUGGUCUUUCAUUUUUCUAUUCUUUCUUACUUUGUCCCACACAUGCUAAGAGAUAGACAGUGAUAUUUUAGGACUGAAGUAUAUAUUAUACCUUGCUAUAACAUAAGCAUUCUCUCUUCAUUCCAGUUCCUAUAUUCAAUGUAUCUCAUCAAAAUUUUCCCAAAUAAACAAUACUCCUUUUCCUGAGUACCAUUUCCUCAAGCUAUGAAAUGUACAUGUAAAUAUUUUACAUCUCCUUUGCUUCUAUUGCCUAGAUUUUAUGAUACCAGUGGAGUUGACAAGUAUUUCUCCCACUGAACAUUUUGAAAUAUUUUUGUUUUAGAUUUGUUAAAAUGGCAUAUUGCUCAGUACUCACAUGGACUUUUAAGAGGAAUCAGCUUAUAUGGUAAUGUUUUGAACCUUCAAGACAAAUACUUUUUUUUUUUUUUUGUAGAAACAAUCUCAUUUUAUUGCCCUCAGUAGAGUCCUGUGGCAUCACAGCUCACAGCAACCUCCAUCUCCUGGGUUUAGGUGAUUAUCUUGCCUCAGCCUCCCGAGUAGCUGGGAAUACAGGCGCCCACCACAACACCAGGCUAUUUUUUUGUUGCAGUUCUGCCAGGGCCGGGUUUGAACCCGCCACCCUCAAUAUAUGGGGCUAGCGCCCUGCUCACUGAGCCACAGGUGCCACCCACAAAUACAAUUUUUUAAAGUUGUUUUUUCUUUAAAAAAAAAAAUCCAGAUUUCAUUUUUUUUUUCCAGAUUUUAUUUUAUAGAGCAGUUUUAGGUUCACAGCAAAAUUAAGAAGGUACAGAAAUUUUCUAUGUACCACCUUCCUCCCAACACAUGAAUAGCCUUCUACAUUAUCAGCAUUUUGCAGCAGAGUGGUAAGACAGUGAUAAAUUAUAAAUCAUUAUCACCCAAAGUUCAUAGUUUAGAGUUGCCUCUUAGUGUUAUGCAUUCUGUAGGUUUUGACAAAUGUAUGAUGACAUGUAACUCCCAUUGUAAUAUAUAGUAGCUUCACUGCCCUAAAAAAUCCUCUGCAAAUGCAACUGUUUUAAUAUAGGUACUAAAUAAGUAAAUAUGUUUUUUGGCUUUUAGGUAAUAAAUAACAGGCUUUUCAAAAAAUUUAGAAUUUCAGAAGUUUUCUGUGUUCUGUUAAUGUUUUCAGUUACUAAAUUUAAUAUAUGUAGUCAUGUAUUUAACUACAUUUUUAAUUAUUUUAUUUAAUUUUCAAUAUUCUUACAAUAUGUGUAUAAUGUGUAAUUUGAUGAAAAGCUGCAACUUCUUGGUUUCUUAGAAUCCUAGGUAAAAAAAAAUAAUAAAAAGAAAGUAUUUUCAUUAAUUGUCCUCAUAUCAAAGUUGAAUACAUAUGAUUCAUACUUCUCCAUUCCUGUGAUGCUUCACUAAGGAUAAUGUGUUGUACCUCCAGACAGGUUAGUACAAAUGCUGCAAAAUCUCCAUUUUUUAAAAUGGCUGAGUAAUAUUCCAUGGUAUCCAUAUACCACAGCUUGCUAAUCCAUUCCUGGGUUGAAAGGCAUUUAGGCUGUUUCCACAUUUUAGCGAUUGUAAAUAGGGCUGCAAUAAACAGCCUAGCGUAAGUAUUUUAUAAUAAUUUUUUUUUUCCUUCUGGAUAGAUGACCAGUAAUGGGAUUGCAGGAUCAAAUGGGAGGUCUAGCUUGAGUGCUUUGAGGUUUCUCCAUACUUCCUUCCAAAAAGGUUGUAUUAGUUUGCAGUCCCACCAGCAGUGUAAGUGUUCCUUUCUCUCCACAUCCACACCAGCAUCUGCAGUUUUAAGAUUUUGUGAUACAGGCCAUUCUCGCUGGGGUUAGAUGAUAUCUCAGGGUGGUUUUAAUUUGCAUUUCUCUAAUAAUUAGGGAUGUUGAGCAUUUUUUCAUGUGUUUACUAGCCAUUUGUCUUCUUUAGAAAAGGUUCUAUUCAUCUCUCUUCCCCAUUGAUGUAUGGGAUUGUUGGUUUUUUUCUUGUGGAUUUAUUGAAGUUCUAUAUAGAUCCUAGUUAUUAAGAUUUUGUCUGAUUCAAAAUAUGCAAAUAUCCUUUCCCAUCGGGUAGGUUGUCUAUUUGCUUUGGUUGUUGGCUCAUGCAUAUGAGGUCAGUCAGUGGGGCACCACUGACAGAUGAGGGGAGGGAGGGUGUUGGAGGGCAGACUUAUUUGGAGAGCUCUCUCCUGAGCACUUAAAAGUGUUUGUGGUUGUUACACUCCAGGGCACUGUGAGCGUCAUUCAUAUUGGUCUAUACUGUUAACAUUCUUUGAGAAGUUUGUCUUUUGGGCUGAUUACAGCUUAGCACUUCACUUACCACUUGGCAAUUUAGGGAGAUAAAAAUACAACAAAGUGAAUUUAUGACCAUCUUGUCACUGCAGGGACUUCUGACUACUUUCCAGAUUGAAACAAAUGGAAAGGAGAGGAUCUGACACCAUCAGAGUCCUCACAUCUGACAUAAUAGACCAUUUGAAGGCAAUUUCAAAGGAGAUGUUCAGAUAAUGUUUCAAGUGCUGGAACAGUGGGGAUAUGCAGAAGUUAUUUUGAGAAUAUAACAAUGCAAUUGCUGAUUAUGAAAUAAAAUGCAUUUAGUUCACCAUUCUUUAAAUGAUUUGAUCUUAUUUUGGGCAUAUAUAUAUGAAUUUAUGCAUAAUGUUCUACAACUUGCUGUUUUUCCUCAACAAUAUUCAUAUUCACUAUAUUCCUACCUCAUUCCUUGAUAGAGUGCAUUAUAUCCCGUAAAUGAGUACUCUGAACUGUAUGUAACCAUUCCUCUAUUCAUAGACAUUAAGGAUGCCUCAAAUUGUGUAUUAUUAUUAAAAAAUGUUGCAACCAAUAAAAAAAAGAAAAGAAAUAUUUUCAUUUAAAAGACCAUUUAGGUACAGAAGUAUUGAUACAACUAAGAUCCUGAAUGUUUUAAUUAGUGUUUACUUAAGCCUAUUUCAGGUAGUGUACAUAGCUGAUAUGCUGGUCGUUUCCUUGAAGAUUUAUAUGGAAAUAUAAAUAAAAAUAUACCUUCUGUUAUUAGGUACUCAUAUGGUGAGAAACACAUUAGGAGCUGGUUAUAAAAAAUGAAAUACUAGGCCAAGCAUGGUGGCUCACACCUGUAAUCCUUGCAAAAUAGGAUUUGAAAAAAAGCUGGGCGUUGUGGCAGACACCUGUAUUCCCAGCUAACAGGGAGGCUGAGGCAAGAGAUUCACUUUGAGCCCAGAAGUUUGAGGUUGCUGUGAGCUAUGAUGCCAUUGGCACUCUACGAGGGGGACAAAGUGAGACCCUGUCUCAAAAAUACAUAUAUUUAAAUACUAUGCCAAAAUAAUUCCUCUCUACGUUUGCUUAGGCAUUUCUUGACCUUUACCAACUUGUAACAAGGAGAAUGGAGCAAAAUGAUACAGGGUGACCUGAGGAAACCAUGGAAGAAUUCGUAUUAAUAGCUGCUAGUUUGCACGUGCUAAUGCCUAAUAGCAUAUUUAAUACACUUCAGAUGAAUACUAUUAAAUACCUGCAGCCUAUGUCAAAAUAUAACACCAUUAUUUGGCUUUCAUUUGAUUUUGUGUGACUUUUUAAAGCAGAACUCCUAGAGAAAUAACCAGCGAAAUAUAUCAGUUCCAGCUCUUAUCAGACUGUUAAGAAGGAACCAGUGGGAUUUUGAACAUCUGUUAUGUAAUUAUGAUCUGAAAAUAACCUGUUCUGUUUGAAUAUAGUUGUGUGAAUUUAUCUGAUACUAAUGUACUCAACAGCUAGGUGGAAAUUGUAUUUCCCAGCAAAAAAUUUCAUUGUUUGUUUAAUCAAGUAUUUGCUUAUUCAUGAAGGAUUUUUCAAUAAAUUUCAACUUUUCAUAUCAUGGCAAUAAUAAAUAUUUCAAAAAUUGAUAUUUCCUUUCCAUGGAUGGUU